AUGGUGACGGCCGGAGAGCUCCGGGAGCUGGAGGGCAGCGCGCUGCGGCGGCUCCUGAGCCGGGACGAGCGCGAGCGCGCCGGCGGGCCGGGCGUCGGGCCCGGCGGGGGCACGUGCCUGCUGCUGGACUGCCGGCCCUUCCUGGCCCACAGCGCGGGCUGCAUCCGCGGCGCGCUCCCCGUGCGCUGCCACACCAUCGCGCGCAGGCGCGCCCCCGACGGCCCGGGCCGCCUGGAGCAGCUGCUGCCGGCCGCCGACGGGCCCGACGCCGAGGCCCGGGGCCGCCGCCUGCGCGCCGGCCUCUACGGAGCCGUGGUGCUGUACGACCAGCGCAGCCGGCGCGCCGCCGAGGCCCUGCGCGCCCCCGACGGCGCCCUGGCCUGGGUGGUGCGCGCGCUGCGCGGGGCCGUGCCGCGCGCGCCCGCGCCCCUCUACCUGCUCCGAGGUGGUUAUGAGAAGUUUUCUUCUGAGUACCCAGAAUUCUGUUCCCAAGCCAAGUCCCUGGCCACUGUUUCAUCUCCUAUUCCCACCACCAUCCCAGAGCUUCCUGACCUGGGCUCCAGUUCCUGUGGCACCCCGUUGCAUGACCAGGGGGGGCCCGUUGAGAUCCUGCCCUUCCUCUACCUGGGCAGUGCCCAGCAUGCAGCCCGGAGGGACACACUGGAUGCCCUGGGGAUCACUGCACUGCUGAAUGUCUCCUUGGACUGCCCGAACCACUUUGAGGCCCAUUACCAGUACAAGUGCAUCCCCGUGGAAGACAAUCACAAAGCAGACAUUGGCUCCUGGUUCAUGGACGCCAUUGAGUUCAUUGACUCGGUCCAGGCCGGCCAGGGGCGGGUCCUGGUGCACUGCCAGGCCGGGAUCUCGCGCUCUGCCACCAUCUGCCUGGCCUACCUGAUGAUGAAGAAGAAGGUGCGGUUGGAGACGGCCUUCGAGUUCGUCAAACAGCGGCGAAGCGUCAUCUCUCCCAAUUUCAGCUUCAUGGGGCAGCUGCUGCAGUUUGAGUCCCAGGUGCUGGCCACGUCCUGCGCCGCGGAGGCCGCCAGCCCCUCCGUGACGGUGACGCGCGGGGAGCCGGCGCAGACCUCCCCCUCCGCGGCCCAGCUUGUCUUCAGCUUCCCGGUGUCAGCCCCCAGCAGCCUUCCCUACCUCCCCAGCCCCAUCACCACCUCCCCCAGCUGCUAGGACCCCCGGGGAGGGCCCUCCCCACCCCCAGUGCUGGGGCUGCUGGGGGAGGGGGGGGAGGGACCCCGCCAGAGAGCUUCCAGGCUGGGGCACCUGCCCGCAGUCACCAUGCAUUUAUUAGGCGCCUGCUGUGAGCCAGGCACUUGCUAAGUGCGGGGCUGUCCUGCUCGGCCCCUUGACUCCUGUGUGAGCUGGGGCGUCGAGGUCCCUUCCCCGACGGGGGCUGCUUCCUUCUGCCCAGCCAGGGGCCUCUCUCCCAUCGCUGGGUCACUGUGGUCCUUCUCCUUCCCGCCUGGCCCCAGCUGCCUCAGCCAGGCUGGCCGGGCUCACCCCACUGCCCGGCACUAAGAUCACGGACCCUCCAAUACUGCAGUAAGAGCACUGCGCCCAGCGAGGCCCCUCCGACUGGCUCGCGGAGCUGGUCGGGAAGGGCAGCCUUCCCUUUCUCCAACAGAAAAGUCUUGAGAACCUCUUUUCCCGUAAAGCCAGAGUGGCUGAGAGUUGUGCAUGUUGUAGGUCUUGCUUUGAGCCCCACCAGGGCCCACAGCCGGGCGCUGAUGAUCCCUCCCCCGGUCCUGACGGCUUAGGUGACCGCGGUCACUCUCCGUGUUUAAAGGUAGCCUCAGAGGGCAUCGUUUUAUUCCAGAAAUCCGACCGGUGGAUCAUGAUAACAAUAAAUAACAAAUGUGAAAAGGAA